CCACAAGCCACCGGCGAAAGUGCCGGUAUAUAUGCCAGUGAUUGGCACGAUGUAACUUCAGUGUGCACCUCCGAACGAAACCAUGAGCACUCCACAGAAACUUCUCAUACUCGCUUUGGUGGCGACCACGACCCUGGCCAAAGACUCUAAAGAGUCUAACACCAAGGCUGCCGUCGAGACGAAGGAAAAGAGCAAAAGAGGAUUGGAACUCAGUUUGGGUGGCGGUGAUUUCGGAGGUUUCGGUCACGGGGGACUGAGCCUUGGAGGCGGUGGACUGGGUGGACAUGGAGGCUUGAGCCUUGGAGGUGGUGGAUACGGUGGACACGGAGGCUUGAGUCUUGGAGGUGGAGGAUUCGGCGGAGGAUUCGGUGGUGGACUCGGUGGUGGUGGCGGCGGCGGUGGCGGUGAUGGCGGAAGAAUCACUGGCAUCACGAUCCACCAGGAGAAGCAAAUCCGUGUGCCUCAGCCAUACACCGUUGAGAAGAAUAUUCCCGUGCCAGUUCCGGUUCCGGUCAAGAUCCCAGUGGAGCGUCCAGUACCAGUCCACGUGCCGAAACCUUACCCGGUCCCUGUAGAGAAACCAGUCCCGGUGCCAGUGGAGAAACCGGUCCCAGUGCCGUACAAUGUGCCCGUCAAAGUACCAGUCUCGGUACCGUAUCCAGUCAGCGUACCCGUAAAGGUGCCAAUUGCAGUGGAGAAGGAAGUACCCUACCCGGUCAAGGUCCCUGUUGUAGUCAAGGAGUCCUACCCUGUCCUCGUUAGCAGUGGCCAUGGCGGAGGCGGUUUCGGUGGCGGAUACGGAGGCGGAUACGGAGGCGGAUACGGAGGCGGAUUCGGUGGACACGAGCUGUCCCUGCACCAUUGA